AUGGACGACACGGCGAUGAACAAUUUCAUGCCAUUGAUUAUCGAGAUGAUGCGGAAUCCACCGGACCCUAAAAUGCCACUGCCGUUGAUCAACCAUCUUGGUGUCGCUAUUGGGGUUUCUGUCCCAUUCCUUGUAUUGAGCUUCAUUGCAGUAAGCCUCCGACUUUACACGCGACUGUGCAUUGUUCGUCAACCAGGCUGGGAUGAUGCUUUUGUCACGAUAGCAGCUAUCUUCAAUCUUAUCGGUCAGAUAACAUUUUUAGGGGGUACAAAACAUUCGAACAUACAAGGUGCGGAUACGGUGCUGAUGAUGGAAAUAGGUAUCAAGAACGGCAUUGGCCAACAUCUGAUCUACAUUCUUGACACAUUACCAGAGACCAUGAAAUGGUUCUACGUAGCGAAUGCCGCCUACACUUCAACCACUGUCUGCAUCAAGCUCGCCUUGCUUUGUCAAUACCUCAGACUGUUCCGUAAGAACUACCGUCGUGUCAUCACUCUUACACUCCUCGCAGUAGUCAUUCUUUGGGGCGGAUCGUUCACUUUCAUGGCGUGGUUCCCCUGCUUUCCAAUCUCUGGAUUCUGGAACAAGACCAUGAGUCCCCCAGCGAAAUGCUAUGCGUUCGGCUACCGCACAACAGUGGAAGCAAAGUCCACUCUGCUCGCGUUUGCUGGUUCCAACAUGUCUCUUGACUUCAUUAUCUUCCUCGUACCGCUUACAGAGUACUUUCAACCGAACUUAAAGAGAAGACAAGUACUAGCGAUGACUGGCCUUUUUGUCGUAGGGCUAAUCGUCGUGUUAAUGGCUGUUCUCCGCCUUUGGAGUGGUCUUAAGUACAACAAUCGCGGUGUAAUCAUGUACGACUACACUUUCUGGCUGCCCGAAGUCCUUGCGUUCUCCUGUCUCGAAGUCGAUUUCGCCAUCAUAUGCGCUUCGAUGCCAAUAUUUUGGCCGACGGUCAAGACUGCGUGGAGCCAAAUAACAGUCACAAGAGAAAUCAUUGUGACGAACGAGCUGCGCUUUAUCGAUACAGACAAACAUGACCUCGAAGCGAAUCUCGAAAGGACGACUUCAAUUCAGAGUUACGAAAGCACAGAGGGUUUGGUGAACGGGGAGAACAUGGAAGGGAAAACGUUCUACCAUGAACCUCACCCGAGGCCUAGGGCGUUGAUGAUCCCACCUCUGGAACAGACGGCACGCAUGUCAUGGGGCGGUACGAUCUUGGGAAAUUAG